AAGGGGAGGCUCCCCGCUCCAAACACUUCUACACAUCUCUUCACAGUUACACACAGCAGUCGGGCACGCUGGAGAUCUAAUACACUGUGGUAGGUUGGUGAACUGUAAGGAUUCUUUUCUGUAUUUCAUUUUUUCCUGGCCUUUUUUUAUUUUUCCUAACAGAAGAUUUGAUCCAUUCAAAGGAUAUUUCUUUUUCGUCUUUACAAUGCUGCAGAUGUUAGAAUAUAACAGAAUCUUUCCAUCUGAUAAAGCUACAAAUGGAUGCUCCUGUAAAAAGUAUAUAUCCCCAUUCUGUGACUUCAUUUUGGAAGAAUCCAUGACCUUUAUUGCACAAUGAAUGUGAAAGCUAAAAUCCGAAGUAGAGAGAAGUAAUCUUUUUUUGGGAGUGCUGUUUAUCUUGGAGAAUAAUGCCAAAACGCUGGGAGGAAAUGCUGACAGAUAUAUGGACUUCCUUCCUGUUUAUAUGGAUUACGUUGUUUCCGUACAUUUCCAUGGCUCCCAUCAACCAGUCAAAGAGUUUACAAACUGGAUCCAUUAUGGGUCUACGUGGGACUGGCGAGGGACAAAAAAUACUAAGUCGUGCCAAGAGAGGAUGGGUUUGGAAUCAAAUGUUUGUGCUGGAGGAGUUUUCUGGACCUGACUCAAUUCUUGUUGGCAGGCUCCACACUGAUUUGGAUUCAGGAAGCAGAAAUAUCAAGUACAUUCUGUCAGGUGAAGGAGCAGGGACCAUCUUUGUAAUCAAUGAACUGACAGGAGAUAUUCACGCCAUGAAGAGACUUGACCGGGAGGAAAAGGCUGAGUACACACUCACUGCGCAGGUGAUCAAUAGGGACACCGAUGAAGCUCUAGAGCCUCCUUCAGAAUUCAUUAUCAAAGUUCAGGACAUCAAUGACAACGCGCCAGAAUUUAACAAUGGGCCAUAUCAUGCCACAGUUCCAGAGAUGUCUCUUGUGGGCACUUCGGUCACUAAAGUAACAGCCACAGAUGCAGAUGACCCAGUCUAUGGAAACAGUGCCAGGCUAGUUUACAGUAUUGUGGAAGGACAGCCGUACUUCUCCAUUGAUGCAAACACUGGUGUUAUCAGAACUGCCCUGUCUGAUAUGGAUCGUGAAGCCAGGGAGCAGUACCAUGUUGUCAUUCAGGCAAAAGACAUGGGUGGUCACAUGGGAGGGCUGUCAGGAACUACGACAGUCACGAUUACUCUAUCAGAUGUCAAUGACAACCCACCUAAAUUUUCACAAAGUUUGUAUCACUUCUCAAUACCAGAGAACCUUGCUGUUGGUAAUGCUGGGGGGCGAGUGAAGGCAAAUGACCGAGAUAUAGGAGAAAAUGCUAAGUCUUCAUACAGUAUUAUUGAAGGAGAUGGAAUAGAUGUUUUUGAGAUAACCGCAGAUCCUCAAACACAGGACGGAAUUCUUCGUUUGAAAAAGCCUCUGGACUUUGAGGACAAAAAAUCCUAUACGCUGAAGGUGGAGGCAGCCAACAUUCGUAUUGAUCCUCAGUUCAGCAAUGGUGUUCCCUUCAAGGAUACGGCAACAGUGAAGAUUGCGGUUGAAGAUUCGGAUGAACCCCCAGUCUUUUCAAAACCUACUUACUUUCUGAGCAUACAUGAAAAUGCAACCAUUAACUCUGUUAUUGGCAAUGUGUCUGCUACUGACCCAGAUGCUACUAAAAGCCACGUAAGGUAUUUGAUUGAUCGGCACACAGACCUGGAGAGACAAUUUAAUAUUAAUGUUGAUGAUGGGAAGAUAACCCUAGCAAAGCCACUUGAUAGAGAGACAGAUACAUGGCACAACAUUACUGUGACAGCCACAGAAAUCAGAAAUAACAGUCAAAUAUCCCAAGCUAUUGUUGCGAUUAAAGUUCUUGAUGUUAAUGACAAUGCUCCUGAGUUUGCAUCAGAAUAUGAAGCUUUCCUAUGUGAGAAUGGAAAACCAGGACAGGUAAUUCAGACAGUCAGUGCUAUUGACAAGGAUGAUCCAAAAGAUGGACAUUUUUUCACAUAUAGCUUAGUUCCAGAAAUGUCCAACAACCCUAAUUUUACAAUCAAGAACAAUGAAGAUAACUCUGUCAGUGUUCUUGCCAAGCAUAAUGCUUUCCGGCGACAGAAACAGGAGAUGUAUUUCUUGCCAAUCAUUGUAUCUGAUAAUGGAAACCCCCCAAUGAGCAGCACCAACACAUUGACGAUCAGAGUGUGUGGUUGCAGUAGUGAUGGCAUUGUCCAGUCUUGCAAUGUGGAAGCCUAUGUCCUGCCCAUUGGACUUAGUAUGGGAGCCUUAAUAGCAAUUCUUGCGUGUAUAAUCCUAUUGUUAGUUAUUGUAGUGCUGUUUGUGACUCUGCGAAGACACAAAAAUGAGCCUCUUAUCAUCAAAGAUGAUGAGGAUGUCAGAGAAAAUAUAAUCCGCUACGAUGAUGAAGGAGGAGGCGAGGAGGACACUGAAGCCUUUGACAUUGCCACUUUGCAGAAUCCUGACGGGAUUAACGGGUUUCUGCCUCGCAAAGAUAUCAAACCAGACCUCCAGUUUAUGCCUAGACAAGGACAACACUCUGCCCCUAAUGGUGUUGAUGUUGAUGAAUUUAUAAAUGUACGACUUCAUGAAGCUGAUAAUGAUCCCACAGCACCUCCAUAUGACUCAAUACAAAUCUAUGGAUAUGAAGGGAGGGGCUCAGUGGCUGGUUCACUAAGUUCACUGGAGACAGCUUCUUCAGACUCUGACCAGAACUUUGACUACCUCAGAGAAUGGGGUCCACGUUUUAAAAGACUGGGGGAGCUUUACUCUGUGGGAGAGAGUGACAGAGAGACUUGACCAUGGAUUUACAAAUAUGAUUCAGUUCUGUCCACAUAAUUGUGUAUUAUGCUAGGGUUGACAGAUAUUAGAAGCGGCUAUAAAAAGGGCCACCUUCUUUUUUCUUAGAGGAAAGUAUAGAGUUCAUCAUUUACCACAUCAAAAUGCAUUGUAAUGUUGAAACAAUCUAAACGGCGUCUAUAUUAGGAGGUUUAUGAUUCUUGUGGAGUGUUACUUAGAUUCCUGUCGAGUGUCUAGCAGUAUUUGGGGUAUUUGUUGUUCACUGUGACCACCAGAAACAUCAAGAUCUGGAUUCUUGGUAGUCGCUUUAAGAACCAGGACAGAAGACACACGGCACUGUAUCAUUCACCGGAGCCAUGGAGCUGUGUUGGGCUGUGGUGGACACACAAGGUUCUUGCCAUUGUGAAUGGUCCAGGUUUCAAAUCACUAGCCAUCAUCCUGCCAAAAUGAAACAAACAAACAAACAAACAAACAAACAAACAAACAGAAAACAAGAGAGCAAUACGUGGUCUUCAUUACAAUGUUGAAUGUAAGAAUAACAAAAGAGCACCAUAUUGGCUUUCAGUAAGCAUUGCUUGGGAUAAAAUUCUAUACUUGGUGGCCACAUUAUAUAAACUGGAUAAGCCUAUUGACUCGCUUUAUACGGUUCAACUCUUUAUAUUCACAUGUUGUGUGUCUGCACUAAAAGAUAAAUAGCCUAACCAUUACAUAGAAACUAAAUAAGAAAUUCCAGAUAUGAACGUGGCCUUCUUUUUAAAGAAGCAAACGACAGAUACGAGGAUCCUGAGACAUUUUUGAAAAGGCACUUUCCAUUCUUUCAUCAUAAUAAAAAGACACUGUAUCAUUUUAUAUCAUUACUGGCUGUUUUCUGUGCAUCAAAUAUUAAUCGGUGUCAUUUUUUUUACAUAAUUUGUCACUAGACCAGCUGUUUUAUUGAAGUGAAAUUAGAAACUCUGAUAAUGCAGUUAAUACAGAAUUAUGCCGAGAGUAAGAGCUAUAUUAAACUGUGAAGAAAUCAGAUGGUAUUUUAAUCAUUUAGAAAAAGAAAAAAACAGUGUCUAAAAAUGUCCUGUGUAUAUUUGGAGUUACCAGUCAUAAUUUAAGCACAAUAGCUGGAAGGAUCUGGUUAAUUAAAAAAUAAGCUUAUAAAACUGGUAAAAAUACCCAUCUUAAAAAAAAUUAAACACUUGUUUAUUGUGCUACGCUGUAUAAUAUUAGAAAAAUACCUGUACAUAGAUUUACUGCUAAUUUUCUUAGCUUUUCUUUUAAGGGAUAGAUUUGUUUAUGCACGUUAGCUCUUGCACACAGGAUUCUUAAACAGCACUAAAGCUGCGUGCAUACUCAAUUUGUAACAAUAUAUGGCAGUUCUUGGUAGAUUCUACAGUAUAUAUUAAAUAGUCUUACAUGCAAAUCAUAUUUUCUACUGUGCUUUAAUGCUAUAAUCUUGUAUGUUUAAUUAUCUACUCCAUGUAUUGUAAUCAGAGAUACCCCUGUAUUGUUUCCUACUUUGUGAAAUAUAUUUUUAUAAAUACUGCUUGGUGUGGUCUUAUUUAGCACCAAAGGUUGCCAAGGAAUAUACUUACACUUGGAUAAACAACAUUAUGGAUUUUAGGAAUUAGCUUCUGCUUUUGUAUAAUGAAUUAUUGUCACUUGAACUUUUUUGGUUUUGUAACAGUGGCCUUUAUAGAAGACGUUGAAUACGGGAGUGUGCGGAAGCUUCUGUGAUGUGCACAUCUGACUGUUGGUUGUUAUUUCAUUUGCUGUUAUCCACUUUACCCAAUGUUAUAUAAAUACAUUAUCAUAUCAAUAGAUCUACAGAUAAUUAAUUUGGUAUUUUAUUUGUUAAAGGGCAUAAUGAAAAGAAAAACUAUUACUGAAGUCCAGUGAUUUUUUUAAACUAAAUAAAUGGGAUUUAGGUGCUCGAAUUUCUCUGAAGAAAUAAGCUGAUGGUCUUACUGUACUGAUAUGAUUUGUUUUAAUAGUACAAAUGCAUUAAGACACUUCUUAGAGUCGUUAAGUACAAUAUCAAAACGUAUCACAGUUUUGUCUUCAUAUUAUUUAUUUA